AUGGUGGGUAUGAAUUGCAAGAACCUUGAGAUUCUAAAACGGAAUUUGAUGGAUCCUUGCGAGGUCGAGAGGUUAGAGCACAUGAGGAGGUUCGUGCCUCAUACCUAUGGGGAGAAAACCGCUAUCGACAUUUAUGGGAAUGCUGAUGCUCAUAAAAUUGGGAGACACAUGCGACAGCUGAAGCAUCUGGAACUUCGAUUCUCUUCAAUGAACGAUAAAGAUUUGCUUUCCUCGUGCCGCGAUGGGGUUUGGUUUGAUUCUCUAUGUCUGUCUUGGCAAUCCAGGUACUCAUGGGCUAGGCUGUUACAGAUGGAGCAGUGGAGUCCCAGGCGUUCGUACUCCAGAGUAAUAAGGGCCACCUCUCCCGUAGUGAACUCAAUCUCCGUUUCUUUUACUAUCGGGCUCAAGGUAUUGACCGAGAUCUUGACUUUUGCAACUGCCUUCGAGAGCUCAAACUCGAGGAGCUCUCCUAUCUCCCUCCCAAUCUUGCAGAUGAGUUCUUCUUUCCAGUAA